AAUAGAAUUUUCCCGAAAAGUUAUUGAGGCGCCCAAAAGGUUCAUCACGUCCGGUGCAAAGAAGAAGACGAACGCAAAGCGGCAAAAUCCAUGAGAGGAGGAGCAGGCAGAGCGCUUUUGAGAUCACUCAGCUUCAGCUCCAAAUCCUUCCCUUCGACCAAUCCGUCAACCCCAACCAAUGGAAGGCCCCUGCAGAGGUUCAGGCAUCUCGCGGCUGCAGCGACAAAGAGACCACCUCCUCCUCCUGUUCAGGAUCAAGAACACCGAUCCCCGGAAUCAAGAAUCAAGAGGGACUCCAUGAUUCUCGAGAUGUUCAAGCUCAGACAGCUCAAGAGUUCCGGGAAGGACAGCAAAAGGGGAGCUGAGGAUGCUCCUGAGGCUGAGGCUAACACUGGAGCAGGGCACACAAAGGUCGUGUCUUGUUUCGAGGAGCUGGGGCUCAGCGAGGAGGUGGUCGGGGCAAUCGCAGAAAUGGGCGUCGUCGUUCCCAGUGAGGUCCAGUGUGUCGGGAUCCCUGUGGUUUUGGAGGGUAAAAGUUUGGUCUUGCUUGGUCCUUCUGAGUCGGGCAGGACUUGGGCUUACUUAUUGCCUCUGGUUCAGCGGCUGAGGAAAGACAGGGCUUCCUUUGGCCUCAAGCGGGAGUCUCCGAGAGCAAUCGUGUUGUGCCCCUCGGAGGAGCUAUGCGAUCAGGUGUUUUGUGCAGCAAAACUUAUUAGUAGCCGCACACAGUUAAAGACAGUUGCUGAAGUUGGUCCUGUGGGGGAAUCAGGACGUAAAGAUGAGUCAUCAGCUGUCCCAAUUGGCAUGUUAGUUGGAACACCGGAAGAAAUUCUUCAGCAGAUCGACGAUGAGGAUUUCACUCUUACCGAUAUCAGAUACAUUGUUUUGGACGAUGCAGAUAUCAUACUAGACAGCGAUUAUUUCCCGAAAAUACUCAAGAUUUUCAACUUGUUGAAGAACCGCACUGCAGAAGAUCCCUCCUUCCAGACCAUAUUGGUAGCCUCUAUUAGUGAGAAGAUGCUAGGAGAGGAACUCUUGAAACGUAUCGAGCAGAAAGAAUCAGGAAAAGUGACUGCUAUGAUAUUGGAGAUGGACCUAGCCGAGGUGUCUGGCCUCUUCGAGUCUCCAGAUGCUUUAAGGAAGAGAGUCACCACGGCCGUGAGAUCCCUGGCCUGAGCCCUUCAAAUUUUAUUACUGCCAGUAGACCGAAUACCAGAAGAUCCCCUUAGAUCUGUUUAUUUUAUUGGUGAACUUUUUGUGUGUAUAUUGUUUUUGCCUAUAAUAUCAAUUGAUAUCAUCGCGCGACUUCAUCAAUCA